GUGGCGCCCAGGUGGGCCUCGGCCCCUCACCCAGGCUUGCUGCAAUGGCCGGCUUGCUUGCAACCACCUGAAUUGGCGUCCAACGGCGAUUCGGAUAGACAAUGUGGCGCAAGAAAGCACCUGCAUUGGCAAGCUCCUGAGAUGGCGGGCACUGCGCAGGCCCUGAUGCUCUGCUCUCUGUUGUAACAGGGCACAUUUUUGAAGCUUGAUUUAACAAUACACUACCUAGUAGCACAAAGAAAACAGUACGGUCUUGCGUGAAUGGAUGACCACUUUUGAGAAUUAUCGUUGUAUCGAUGGACGGUGCAAACCUGCAACUAGCUGAGAGCUUACUCUCAAAAUCGUACGUGCUGCAAGGGCAGCAAGCUUUGAAACAACGACACAACCUGGUCAAGUCGCUGCUAUCAAAUAAACGUCUGCCUGACACGGGCUGGGAUGAUGCGUCCAUUGAGUGGUUUCUCCAGGACCUCUCAAUGAUGGACAGCAACAACUUCCUGGACAACGUGGGCAUGGGCGAGCGGGAGGCCAAGUGUGCAAGUCCGCUGGUGUGGAAGAGGCACUACGGCAUGGCACAUGGCAUUGGGCGGUCUGGAAGCAUCACGGAUGAGCAGCCCAAGGCGGCGGGGUCCACUCUCCUGGCCAAGCUGAGUAACGCCCUGGUGAAGGACUCCCUGGAGAUCGCUGGGUUGAAAGACAUUGGCGCAGUGUCAGUGCUGCCACUGGCAACCGGGAUGACGCUCAUGCUGUCGCUGAUGGCACUCAAGAAGAGAAGGCCCCCAGCUGCUCGGUACGUGCUGUGGCCGCGCAUGGACCAGAAGUCGUGCCUCAAGUGCAUCCUGGCCGCGGGGCUAGAAGUGGUGGUCAUCCCGAACCGGCUAGAGGGUGACCAACUCCGAACGGAUGUGGCGGCGAUCCAGGCCAAGAGUGCGGAGCUUGGCAGCGACCAGAUUGUGUGCGUCCUCACUACCACCAGCUGCUUUGCCACUCGGGCCCCCGACCGGGUCGAGGAGGUUGCGAAGCUUUGCCAGAAACUCGGAGUGGGGCAUAUUAUCAACAAUGCAUACGGAGUCCAGUGUGCAGUGAUCUGCGGCUCCAUCACCCAAGCCUGGCGUCGCGGGCGUGUUGAUGCCGUCAUUCAGAGCACGGACAAGAACUUCCUGGUCCCGGUUGGCGGUGCUGUGAUUGCGGCUGGGUCGCGCGAGUGUUCCCUGGUGGACGCUAUGAACCGCGCCUACCCCGGCCGGGCAUCCAUGUCGCCACUCAUGGAUGUCUUCAUCACGCUACUCUCCCUUGGAAAGACAGGCUGGAAGAAGGUCCUGGCUGAUCGAGAAGUGACGUACGCCUACCUCAAGCAGCGGCUGACCCACGUGGCUGAAGCGCAAGGCGAGCGGCUGUUGCACACCCCCGACAACCCCAUCUCGCUGGCCCUCACCCUCACCACCCUCGACUUGCGGCAGCCGGUUCAAAGCACAACGAAGCCCUGUGCCGCUGCUGCCCCUGGACAGGUUUCACUUGGAAACCGUCAGGAACCUGUCGGUGCCGUCCCUUUGCAGCCAGCCGCCUCAGACAUAGGCCCAGCUUCCGUGACAGCCGAGUCAACUGCCCGAAGCACUGGGAACACCCAUGCUGAGGAAGGGGUGACAUCAGCUCCUCCGGAGGGCGCUCGAGAGGGGGCCGUGGGUGGACGAGACACUGCUGCGACUGGCGAGUACACGCAAGGGGUUACGGAGGCAGCCCAGCUGCGGCGUGAGGACGGGGAUUGCGCACACCCAAGCGAGGAGACUGCAGAACUUCGGCAGCGCCUGCCUGAACACGAUGAAGCAGGCGGGUCGGUCUCGGGGCAUGUACGCGAGGACGAGGGCUCCGUUUCCGCUGGAGUAGACUCCGGAGGGGAGCCUGCGGAGCCAGGGGACGCGGACGCAUCAGGUCCAGAUGGGGCCGGAAGGCCGGCCACGCAAGGAGGAGGCCGCAAGCCGUCCUCGCAGCUCACGUUCUUUGGCUCCAUGCUCUUUGCCAGGUGCGUCUCCGGGAGUCGGGUCAUUCCAAGGGGAGACGACAAAGUCAUCGAAGGGAUCCCUUUUGCUGGCUUCGGAUCGUCAUACGACAAGUUCCCCUACUCGUACAUGACUGCGGCGGCUGCAAUAGGGUCGACAUGCGAAGAGGUGGACACCUUCAUCACCCGCCUCGAACGCUGCUUUGCCGACUUCCGGAAAAAGUUUGGGAAUUCAAGAAGGCCAAUGCAUACAAGUGAACUCACGAACAGCCCCCUUUCCAGCUAAGAUACUAUUGCCUCAAGACCCUCCCCAUUGCAACUUACCGUCAGUCUGCGUUUUACAAUGCAGAACGCUUCGGUCGCCUCAAGGCGUAUUGAUCGACCUUCGUAUGGCCCAAUGAAGACUGCGACAAUGUUCUCUUUCCAAAACGCCCUAGUCACAUGGACAAUAGGCUUCCAUGGCAUACAUAUAUUUAUCGUUUGAGCUACGAUUAACAUUGGGUUUCGUAAGGAGACUUCGAACAUGCUGUCAUCCAUGUUCGACAUUUGAGGUGGGCG